AUGGACUGUAGAUCGUACAGCAUGUUUAAUGAGGAGUUCAGAAAAACUGGUUUCAAGUUUAAGCAACCCCAAAAGAAUACAUGCAAAACAUGCGAUUCUUUUGUACUCAAUUUGCAGCAGGGCAAGAAUCCAGAAGAGAAAGCGAAACAGCAAGGUAGCUAUGAGUCUCAUACAAAACUGGCCGAUGAUGUUUAUGAACAGAAACGGCCGGACAAAGAGAAUUGUAUUCGCGAUGCAAGCAGAGUUGUACUCGUUUUUGAUUUGCAGCAGAUUCUUGAUACUCCAUCCCCGACUGCUAACAUAUUUUAUAAACGCCUUUUGUCGACUUAUAACCUGAAAAUAUGGUAUGAAGCAAUUGGUGGAAGACGUUCUAAGUAA